CUGCCCGCUGCCUUCUCGCCACAUCCGUCUCAGUGCUCAGUCUCCAUGGCCCCCAAAAAGCCAGAGCCCAAGAAGGAUGAGGCCAAGGCAGCCCCCAAGGCCGCAGCUGCUCCAGCACCUGCACCUACCCCUGCAUCCGCACCAGAGCCCGAGGGCCCCAAAGAGCCUGAAUUUGAUGCCUCCAAGGUCAAGAUCGAGUUUACACCGGAUCAGAUUGAAGAGUUCAAGGAGGCCUUCAUGCUGUUUGACCGCACACCCAAGGGGGAGAUGAAGAUCAUGUUCAGCCAGUGUGGGGACGUCCUGCGGGCGCUGGGCCAGAACCCCACACAGGCUGAGGUGCUCCGUGUCCUGGGGAAGCCCAAGCAGGAAGACCUCAACACCAAGCUGAUGGACUUUGACACGUUCCUGCCCAUGCUGCAGCACACGGCCAAGAGCAAGGACACUGGCACCUACGAGGACUUUGUGGAGGGGCUGCGGGUCUUCGACAAGGAGGGCAACGGCACCGUCAUGGGCGCCGAGCUCCGCCACGUGCUGGCUACGCUGGGUGAGAGACUGACAGAAGAUGAGGUGGAGAAGCUGAUGGCUGGGCAAGAGGACUCGAAUGGCUGCAUCAACUAUGAAGCCUUCGUGAAGCACAUCAUGGCCAGCUGAGCCUUUCACCUCGGGGAGCUGGGGGAGCCAAAUUGG